AUGGACAUCCUUCGUCUAGCAACACCAGCCAAAGACAUCAUUGAUCGUUACAUCCAAGACAUCUGUUUUGCCUUCCAAGUCUCCGGUAUCGUUUUUCAUGGUAUAUGGGAGCGGGUUCUUCUCUUCGUUUUGAGACAACAGUACGAUUCGGUCCAAACCGUCCAUACUCCACCUUCCUCGUCUCGCAUGGUCAUCUAUACUCUAUAG